AUUUCUUGCGUUCAACAACUACUUACUCUUGCCAUCUUUCGUUGAGUGAAUUAUCAUCAUGCCUCGUCAAUUUUUUGUUGGAGGAAACUUCAAAAUGAACCCCAUCACGAGGGAGUCGAAGCUCGCCCUCGCGAAGACUCUCAACGAUGCUCAGAUCGAUCCCUCCGUCGAGGUCGUUAUCGCCCCGCCGGCUAUCUACCUUCUCUCCCUGCGUGAAGUCAUUCGACCGGACGUCAAGGUCGCGGCACAGAAUGCUCACUAUAAGCCCAAUGGCGCGUUCACUGGUGAGAUCAGUCCCGCCAUGCUCGCGGAUGCACAGAUUCCCUACGUUAUCCUGGGUCACUCUGAGCGCCGUACACUCUUCCACGAGACUUCCGAUCUCGUAGCACAGAAGACACGGGCCGCCAUUGAGACCGGCUUGUCUGUCAUUCUUUGCGUCGGCGAAACGCUCGCCGAACGUGAAUCCAAUAAGACUACUCAAGUCAUUGAAGAACAAUUGAAGCCUGUCGUCGAUACAUUGUCUGAAGAGCAAUGGAGCAAAAUCGUCGUUGCAUAUGAGCCUGUCUGGGCCAUCGGCACUGGAAAGGUUGCGACGGCUGCUCAGGCCCAAGAGACGCACGCUGCCAUUCGUGCCUUCCUUGCCAAAGCAGUCUCUCCCGCUGUAUCAGAGAACACUCGCAUUAUCUACGGAGGCAGCGUCACCGCUGCGAACUGCAAGGAGCUCUCCAAGCAACUAGACGUCGACGGUUUCCUUGUUGGAGGCGCAUCCCUGAAGCCCGAAUUUGUGGACAUCAUCAACGCACGUAAAGCGUAAGUUAGCCACGCUGAAGAUAUUAUCGAAAGCCGUCGUAUCAUGUUUGUACACAAACUCAGAGAAGAUGAAUAAAGUUCCGUAUAAGGAACAAGCGAAGAUAUGUAUACACCAAGGACACUGCAACAUGUGGACGUGCAGAAAGUUCAAGGUCCCGGGCGCAAGCACUCGAUGCUUGAGCUUGUUGCAAGUAAGUUUCCGGACAGACACACUGGGGACCCUUGAUGUUAUGUCAUGUUCUCGUCCGUGGACCGCUGGCUUCAACAGAAGUUCUAUGCAGCAAUGUCACCAUAAUGUGAAAGUCUAACCACCAUCAUGCGCCCAGGAAGAGAUGGAAUGCCGCGAUUGUCGUACGAGCUACAAUCAUCACAAAUAUCGAUAAGUUACCAGCCCAGCUUCUCCUCUCAAAGUACAACCACGUAAGUAAUACAAACGUGCGUGCUCG